AUGUCCGGUGGCAGACAUGAACGAGUGGUGGCCUGCAUCGAUGUGGAUGCGUUCUUCAUCCAAGCAGAGAUUCUCAGACGCCCUUGGCUUCGAGGCAAGCCCAUUGCGCUGCAGCAGCACCAGGACAUCAUUGCGCUGUCCUACGAGGCGCGCGCGUUGGGCAUCGCCAAGCACACCAAGCCGGGCGUUGUGCGCGCAACGCAUCCUGAAGUGACCAUCGUGCACGUCCCACUGCGCGGCCUCGGGAAGGCCACCUACCGCGACUACCGAUUGCUGUCCAUUUGCGUGUUUGACGUUGUGCGCAGCUUUGCCACGGCUGUUCCGAGCGCGCCAGUCACGGUGGAGGUGGCCAGCAUUGACGAAGGCUACCUCGACCUGACCGCACGCGCCAAGCAUCUCAUGGUGCAGACGAUCGCGCAGGAAGCAUCCAACGAGCGGCUGCUCCAUCGCCAACGGUAUGACGACGGCGAGCAAGUGCAUGGCGGCGUGUUGCCAAGCGGCGGACCAUCCAAUCUGCUCGAGGCCGGCGCCGUUCUGAUCGCUGAGCUUCGGGCCGCCAUCCUCUCGGUGUUGAGCCUCGAGUGCUCUGCGGGUAUCGCGCACAACAAGCUGCUCGCCAAACUCGCAACACGGCUGGCAAAGCCGAACGGCCAGGUGGUUGUGGUCAACUCCAAUCCCCUGCUGCUGCUGCAGGAGGCAGGCAUUCCAUCGUUUGGCGGAAAAGUGACAGACACACUCAAGACGGUUGGAAUCGAAACCGGCGGAGAUGUGCUGCGCGCCCCGCCUUCGUUCCUGGCCUCCUUGUUUGGGGCCUCGAGCCCUACUCCAGCGAGUCUGUUGCGAGCGUGCCGGGGAGAAGACGACUCGGAGGUGGUUGACCGGGGCCUCAUCAAGUCAAUCUCGUCGCAAAUGGCGCUCACGGCGUGGGCUCGCCCGCGUUUUGGCGGCGGACCAACGGCCACCAUCGAGCCUGUGGGCGUCUCUGAAGACAUUUCCCUGUUCAUCCGAGAGCUGGCUGAAGAUCUCGCCGAGCGCACCCUGGAAGAUCAAAUCGUCCACUCCCGGCACCCGUCCACUCUGACUGUUGCGUAUCGCGUGGACGACACUUGGUCGCGGAGCCGCACCUUCCCGUUCCCCUUGCAGGCAAUGAAUAUGGUCGAGAUUUCCGUUUCUGAGCUGACGCUCGGGCCGGUGGUGCUGCGCCCUGCCCUGUCGUCCGCCGCCAAGACGGCGCGACGUCCGCUCCCAACCAGCCCAACCAGCGAGGCGCCAGAGACGACUGCGAACGCCGGCGUCCCCACGCCCUUCGCGUUCCCCGGAUUUGAAGAGUUUGUUGCCAAGAUUACCAAGCUGGGAGUCGAUGCGUACACGGCGUCGCUCGAUGUUGGCGACGUGGGCAAUCUGACCAGCCUGUCACUCUCUGCGCUCAAUUUUUUGCCCGAUACCAAUCUCAUUACCAAUUUCUUUGGCAAGACCCGGGAGCCAGCUGCGGCUGCUGUUGGUGUGGCAAGGGAGCCAGCUGCAGCUGCUGUUGAUGUGGCAAGGAGGUCGAAUUCGGUCGCCAGUCACCAACGAGGCGAUGCUCUCUUCCGGCCCAGCUCCAGCAAGCCGACAGAUGGUAAUGCGAGCGCAGCGGUCGACUUGACCUCUGCGCAACUGCUCCACUCUGCGCAGGUUUCGCGAAGCUGUGACGACAAUCCUCGUGCUGCUGUCCUCGUCCGCGAGUCUGCCAACGUUGGGGAAAGCUCUGCCGCACCAAUGCCAAUUCGAGCCAGUGUUCGGAGACUUUGGGAAGAGGAUGCCGUCCAGAGUGAGCGUUUGAGCCAGCACUCAUUUUUCAAGCGAUUGGCGAUGAAUGCGCGAGUCGACGGCUGA